GAGAUAUAGAGACGGAGAAGCGAGAGGGGAAGAGCACCGACCUCGACCUAGCUAAUUAAGGCGCAACACAGAAACCCUCACCGCCGCCCGCAUCCAUGGCGGAGGAGCACGAGACGAGGCCGCCGUCCGCCGGAAGGCCGCCGUCGUCCGGCCGCGGCAGGGCCGACGACGCUGACGAGAGGGAGGAGGGGGAGAUCGCCGACGACGACUCCGGCCACGCGCCGCCGCAGGCCAACCCCGCCGCGCCGCACCCGCUCGAGCACGCCUGGACCUUCUGGUUCGACAACCCGCAGGGAAAGUCCAAGCAGGCAACCUGGGGAAGCUCCAUCCGCCCCAUCCACACCUUCUCCACCGUCGAGGACUUCUGGAGCCUUUAUAACAAUAUCCAUCACCCAAGCAAGUUGGUUGUGGGAGCUGACUUCCAUUGCUUUAAGAAUAAAAUCGAGCCAAAAUGGGAAGAUCCUAUCUGUGCUAAUGGAGGUAAAUGGACCUUCAGCUGUGGCAGAGGAAAGUCCGACACAAUGUGGUUGCAUACUUUAUUGGCAAUGAUUGGCGAACAAUUCGAUUAUGGGGAUGAAAUUUGUGGAGCAGUUGUUAGUGUGCGUGGCAAGCAGGAAAGAAUAGCUAUCUGGACUAAAAAUGCUGCCAAUGAAGCUGCUCAGAUAAGCAUUGGGAAGCAGUGGAAAGAAUUUCUGGAUUACAAGGACUCGAUUGGGUUCAUUGUUCAUGACGAUGCAAAAAAGAUGGACAAAGGUCUCAAGAACCGCUACACAGUUUGAUCUGAGCACUCCUGUCCAGAUAUCCAAGAGAGUAGUAUAUCCACAUGUAGGAUGGGUUUUCUUCGAUGCUUUAGUGUUUGUCAUUCGCUUGUAGCGAGCGCUUGAAGGCUAUAAUAUUGCCGUGAACUGUUUAAACUUGAAACGUAAUAUAAUGACGUAUCAGAGGUGUCUCUGUACUCUAUAAAUCAGUCCAGUUCUUCCUUUGUUUGCUGGUA